UACCACCACCACCACCCCGCGUCCCCUCUCUCUCUCUCUCUCUAGCAUCAAGCACGAAGCCAAGGUGCUCCUCAACGCACGCGCGCCAUCCGCUCUCCGCUCUCGCGUCUCUCGCGUCUGCACCCCACAAGCCACGGCCCCACCUAAGCCUCGUCCGCCCAUCAGCCAUCAGCCGCCAACAUGUCGUUCCAUGAUCCGUACCGCGGGCUCAAACUCACGCUGCUGCUAGCGACGCUGCUGCAUCUCGCGCUCAUCAUUGCCGCGGGCGGCAUCGCCAUCAAUCUCCUCCUCAGCGGCUUCAGCUAUGUCGUCGCCACUAAUAUCCGCAUUGAUGGCACUGGACAACUGCUACAGCUCAUCGUGCCCUUCUAUCUAUGCCUGCUCUUCUCGCUGCCUCAAGUCGCCCUGCUUUGCCAUCUCCUCAAAUGUGCGCCUAGCCACAAGCGCAUGGCCGUCCUACUCGGCGCGUCAACUUGCAUCCUGUGCUUCCUCACACUCCUCGGCGCCGCUCUCCUCACGGCCGGCGACGUCAUUCAGUACCCCCGUCUGCGCGACGCCUGUGCGCGCCAAAGGGCACAAGGACGCGCAAACAAAGACGUCAAAGGUCUUUACUACACGUGCGAAUUCGCAAAAGACGCAAAGCAGUACGCGGACCGCACGUAUGCGCUCAUCGCGCUUGCGUGGCUGGCCGUCGCGGUGGCGGCGGGGAUGCUCGCGCUCGUGGCGGUCGUGGGAUGGCGCUUUAGGAAGGCGGGGGUGAAGAUGGAGGCCGACUCGCACGCCGUCGAGCGCGGCCACGGCGAGCACGCGGGCACGACGACGACGGCAAACAACCUCGCAGCGGGGGCAAGCACGACUCGAAGCGCCGAGGGAGAAGCGCAGCCAUGCGCGAUGCACGCCGGCUCAUCCUCGCACGGCUCGACCGUCUACCACGACGCCGGCGCAGCAAGCGUUAACAAGCAUGCAUCCCUCUCUUCCGCGCAUCGCAAGCCUGCGCCCGACGCUGUCGCCGCGGUCGCCGUGACCAACGCCGACACGCCCGCACCCGCCGCCGCCGCCGGCGAGGGAGAAGCGGCCUCUGCGCCCGCGUCGCAGCAUCUCCACACGCACACGCACGUCAAGCAUGCCGAGUCGGCAGCCGGCGGCCAGGCGCCUCUCGCCGCGGACGCACACGCAGACGCAGACGCGAGUCCCCAUCACGCCGUCGAGCUGCCGGCGUACACCGUCGAUGCGCCAACGCACCAUGGCUCUUGAGCGUCGAGAAGGCGAGGAGCAGAGAGGGCGAGGAGGCGAGGAGGCGAGGAGGCGAGAGCUCGAGAGCUCGAGAGCUGCGCAGAUGCAGGCGUCGACGGCGCGCGUCUCGCGACGGCGUCGUCGAGAUCAAGUCGAGUCUUGCUAGCGACGACUAGCCGACAUCGCCAACGUCGCAUCUAUCGCCCUCAUCGCCGCUUGUGACUCCUCGCUGCGCCGCGCCGUCGCACCGAGCGUGCGUCUAACCUUCUCUUUGCCCUUCUCCUCGCCCUUCUCCUCGCCCCCCCCCCUUCUCCCCGCUGCGCCUCGAGCCACUAAUUCCGGGUCAGAGGGUGAGGGCUGCGUCGGCGCCUGCG